AACAAUUGUUAAUAUCGAGCAUUUGUAAUAAAUGUGCUUAUUAUUAAACGAUAAACAUGGGCAACUGCAUAUCGGCAACAAUCGUAGCUUGCAUGGGAUGUGCUUGGAAACAAUGUUCAUGUCGAAGAAAAGUCAAAAAGUCUGUGGUAUUGUUGGUUGUUGGACUUGAUAAUGCUGGAAAAAGUGCAGUCGUUAAUUAUCUUUUUAACAAAAGUUUUCUGACGAAGGAAAAAGUCGUGCCGACGAUAGGAUUUCGUACAGUAACAUUUAAUUUUAAAUCGUGUUCGAUCAAGCUAUACGAUAUUGGUGGUGGACCGCAAAUUCGAGCACUUUGGCCUAAAUAUUACGGCGAUGUACACGGCGUCAUAUAUGUAGUGGACGCUAAUGAUCACGAUCGUCUUUCUGAAAGUGCCAAUAUUUUUCAGGAGCUUGCUUGUCAUGAAUUAAUUAAACAAAAACCGAUUUUGUUUUUAGGUAACAAACAAGAUUUACAUCAUGCCAUCGAUGAAUUCGAUAUCAUACAAUACAUGAAUAUUUCAAGUGUCGUAAACUUUGCCAAAUGUUACACCAGAGUUGAAAUUUGUUCAUGUUAUCCAGAUAAGCACAAAUAUUUUAAUUUAAAUAAGAACAUCGAUAAAGGCUUUGGGUGGCUUAUCGAAGUUAUAAAAACGAAUUACGACGAUAUUGAAAAAGAGUUGCAUGCAAAAAGGUCCAAGAAAAAUCCUUGCGAUUCCUUUAAAAUAAAUUCAUGGACAGCUCAAAGUCUAGCUCAUUCUUUUAUAUAUUCGGAUACAGAUUCUGAAACGUAUUUGAAACCUAUAAUUCCCGAUGACACCGAAUAUAAAAGACGUAAACGAAGAAAGAGAAGAACGUUAAACAAUAUUUUUUGUAUUUCCAACAAUAGAACUGGCCCUUUGCCUGACAGUACAAUUGAUAUUAAUGUUCCAACGACUAAAACUAUGAGAGAAUUAAUCAAAAGUAUUAAAAUCGAAGAUCUCAUAAAUAACACGGAAAUCGACGCAGACGCCAUACUGUCAUACCGAAGACCAAGACGAUGGUCUAAAAAGAGGCCUAGUACCGCUCCUCCUGGAAUUGAACUUUUUGAAGUGCAUCCGGUUGUAAAGCCGCAUAUAAUUACUUCAUCGCAAUAAUACGAGAUACGAUAUAAAUAUAUAAACAUUACCGGAUGUUAAUGUAUUUUCA